CCCCGCCCCGCGGCGCCGCGGGCCUGGGCCCAGCCGGCUCCGGCCGCCCCGAAGUUCACAGCGGCCGGCGGGCUCCGUGGAGGGGCUGGCGCGCGCCAGGUGGCCCGCCUGCCUCCCUUCUAGCCCACCUCCUGGGCAAUUCUGCAGGCCCCUGGCCCUCUAGCCCCGGGCUGGCGCCCUGGGCGCAGAGCCGAAGGGAGCUCUCGAGGCGCCUUCUGUUUACCUUUUAUGGUUAAAAUAACAGCUUAGCAAAGAAGCGACUUCACGAAGAAGCGAUUUAGUGAAAUCGUCUCAAGCUGCCGCAGCUCAGCCAGUUUAAUCACCCCCAGAGAGCUGAACAACUGCGAGCACAAUGGGACACAAAAUCAUUUUCAGUGGUCUCGGGGAAAGGGUCGUGGUCCAGCACAGAUGCGUUUGUCGGAGGGAGCAGUGGAGGUUCGAGUCAAGGCGUACAGCCUGGGGCUUCCAAUGAUACUCUGGGCAGCGAUGGAAGCCUAGAUGCCUCACCGCAAGGAGCGGCCGAGCGGGUCCUCGCAUCACGCCCACGGCAGCACCGGCACCGCGGAGGGAGGAAGCAUGUCCCGGUUGUCUCUCACCCGGUCGCCUGUAUCUCCCCUGGCCGCCCAGGGGAUCCCACUGCCCGCCCAGCUCACUAAGUCCAAUGCGCCUGUGCAUAUCGACGUGGGGGGCCACAUGUACACCAGCAGCCUGGCCACGCUCACCAAGUACCCUGACUCCAGAAUAAGCCGCCUCUUCAAUGGCACUGAGCCCAUCGUCCUGGACAGUCUGAAGCAACAUUAUUUCAUCGACCGGGAUGGAGAGAUUUUCCGCUACAUCCUGAGCUUCCUGCGCACGUCGAAACUGCUGCUCCCAGAUGACUUCAAGGACUUCAGCCUGCUGUACGAGGAGGCACGGUACUACCAGCUGCAGCCCAUGGUGCGCGAGCUGGAGCGCUGGCAGCAGGAGCAGGAGCAGCGGCGCCGCAGCCGGGCCUGCGACUGCCUGGUGGUGCGCGUCACGCCGGACCUGGGGGAGCGGAUCGCGCUCAGCGGCGAGAAGGCGCUCAUCGAGGAGGUCUUCCCCGAGACCGGCGACGUCAUGUGCAACUCGGUCAAUGCCGGCUGGAACCAGGACCCCACGCACGUCAUCCGCUUCCCGCUCAACGGCUACUGCCGGCUCAACUCAGUGCAGGUCCUGGAGAGGCUGUUCCAGAGGGGUUUCAGCGUGGCCGCAUCCUGCGGGGGUGGCGUGGACUCCUCCCAGUUCAGCGAGUAUGUGCUUUGCCGGGAGGAGCGGCGACCGCAGCCCACCCCCACCGCUGUCCGAAUAAAGCAGGAACCCCUGGACUAGGCCCUCCCUCAGUGCCCCCCUGAGGACACCCCAGGGACCUGGAAACAGUGGCUGGGGAGUUCUGCCUCUGCCUGCUUAGUGGUGGGUAUGAGACUGAGGGUGGGGCCGGAGGGUCCAAAGCCUGCCCAGGGAGCCCCAGGGCUCUCGGUGUCAUGGCAACAGAAUGUGGGAUGCUGGAGGCAUGCCCACUGAAGGACUGUGGAUGUGACCCAAAGAUGCCGAGGUGGGGACUCUGCCGCCCACUGUCUGGGCCUCCUGGCUCCCCAGCCCAGUGCAGCAUCCUCGAGGCUCUGCACUCACCGAGGCAGGGUCAGCAGAGGCCUCCCCGGCCCGCUCCAGGGAGCUGUCCAUCCUUCUCCACGCACAGCAGACUCCAGUGGGUCUCCUUGCGUCCGAGAUGGCUUAUUUUUCUACAGUAUUUAAGACAGAAGUAACGUAAGGGCACAAGUCAGAGAGGCCGCCAAGGACCAAUGCUUCUUUAUCUGGUGCUCAGCUCAAUCAGCCGCGCAGCAUGUCUGCAUGGGGGGAGGGGGGGCGGAAGAGCUGGGGGGCACGUGGGCCCAGGUGCCCACAGAGUGGGGCUUGGAAACUUCUGGUCCCAGCUCUAGGGACAGAUGCAGGAAUGGCAGUGCCAGGGGUGCUGAAACUGGGCCUUCAUGGGUGGGGCUGCUGGGAAGAGGGUGGUACAGGUGUGAGGGAUGGAUGGCUCUGGAACCCCAUUUGAGACCCUACCUUUGUUGCACCCCUGGGGCACAGGCUAUACUUGGGAGUCACCUGACCUGCUGAUGCCCGGGGGCUUUGAUUCCUAUCUGUGUACUCACAUCUGGAUUCCCAGAGAAGGCUCUCCCCAUCGGGACCAGCCACAGGGGCCACACCGCAUCCUUACCUCAGGCAUGGGCCCCACAGUGAAGGGGCUCAUCAGUCAGCAGCAUCCUCUGGGUCCCCAGCUCAGGAAGCCAACCCAGCUCUGAUUUUCCCACACUCACGUGCACACUGAAUUUUAAUUAAACUGUAACGCUAGCCUGUGGGUAAGACCUGGACACAGUCAUACAUUGGGCCCUUGGCCCCGGAUUCCAACAAGGACUGCCCCCCCAACCCACCCAGGGGUCUUCACAGACCUGCUGUCUCUCAGACGACAGGCCCAAAGAUGGCUAGCCCCUGCCUUGUCACACUUCCCCAAGGGUGGAGAGGGGGAGCCCACAGAGAACCGCUGGGUGGGCGGGACAUCCCAGCGGCACCGCCCCUUGUACGAUGCCUGUAGACUUGUAUAUGACUCCUUUAAUAUUGUAAAGAUGCCGAUGUACAAUUGUUGUGUGUUUGUGUAAACACAUCAUGUUCCUAGUUCAUGCCAUAAAUGAUGCUAUAAAGCGAAAGACUGAGGCUCCAUCCUGUGCCGAAGCGGCAGCCGGAUUCCAACGUUGCGUGCUGUGCAGGGAGGUUUUGGGGCUGGGGUCCCCGCCUCGGUACCCCCGGCUCAAAUGAGGACGCACCAGCAGGGGUGAUGGGGGGAGGGGCGGGGACAGGGGUCCUGAGCUCGCUGUUAUUUAUUGCAUUUGGGUGUUCCCUCCCUGUUGUGCCUGUCCCCUCUGGGCAGCACAGAUUCUGAAUUCUGAUUCACAGCCCCCAACCAGAUGCAAGCUGGGGAAGGCAGACAGAAGGUGUCAGGGGGCGCUUUUGAAUGCGGUCUGAAGUGUUGGUGACUUUUCCCUGUCUCUGGCUUGCGGUUGAGGUUGAUGCCCUCUUUAGAGCCUCCCAGAGCAGUAGGAGAAGGUGGCAGUCGAUGGCUCAGGCCAGCCAGGGGACAUGUAGCCAGUGGCAUGAGGACCGCAGGUCACCCAAGCUCAGCACCAGACCUCAGUGCGUGUCAUUCCCAGGGAAGGGAUUUGAACGUACUCCCAUCGACCUCCAGAUGUAAUGAGCCUUUUGGUAUUUUUCCUCAAAGUCCUCAUGUUCUAACGGACGAGGACCCUUUCACAUGCCAGUAACGGCCUCGACCUGCCUGGGGGACAUGGACAGCCACCUGCUGUCUGAGGCCACAAAGCAGGCACCGUCCUAGCAAACCGUAAAUGUGCUGGACAGACUUGCCAGCCUUCUUUGCUCAGCGACACGCCUACACUUGGCACAUGGGCAUUUCGGCAUCUGAGGUUCACAUCUGAGAGGAGGAGAAAGUGUUGAGUUUAUUAGAAAGGAAGUCUUGUGAAAACAGCUCCAUACCGCAUACGGUUAUGGAUUUUUCUGGUAUCGUUGCCGGUUGGAGAUUCCCUAACAUUUUCAAGCCAACUAUCUUUUAAUCAAACCACUGCACCAAAAGAGGUUUUUGGUUUUUUUCUUAAAGUAACCCUACCAUACUGAAUGACACUUUAUCUCUUUACUAAUUAAAUCAGGAAGUAUGAUUUUACAUAAACUAGGGAAUUUCUAAAUUUGUAGAAAAACACUGUUCCCAAAGUAAUGUUAAAAAUCUAAGCCAGUCUCCAUAAACAAGAAGGGUUUUUCUGUUUUGUUUUGUUUUGGGGGGGACUUUUUUUGGCCACACCCACAGCAAAUGGAAGUUCCCAGGCCAGGGAUCAAAUCCAAGCUGUGGCAAUGCUGGAUCCCUAACCUGCUGCACCACAGCGGGAACUCCCCUGUGCAAACAUUUUUAUACUUCCUGAAUAUACUGUAUUGAAAGCAAUGUCUCGAACAAAUACCAGCAGUAUAAAGGUUGCUUCUGCCCUUCAUAAAUGAUUCUUGAUUAUACGCAAUUGGACAGAUAGCUCUUCCCCACCAGACCUCUUGCCAGUGCAGGAGAGAACUUGGCAGGUCACAGCAGGUGGCUGCAGCCACUGUCCUGCUCACUUGAGGCUCAAAGCCAGAUCAGAACACUAAUAUCUUUUUUAAAGUUUUGGGUUUUUUUUUCUACAGCUACCACUUGACUGUGUUCCAUAGAAUAAAUAAAGGAUAUUUUAUAAA